AUGCCUCAAAACAAGAAGAGUAAAGACGGCCGCAGCGCCUCCUCUGGCUCUACCCUCGACCAGUCGACAGCAGGUGCCAGCGAUGCCGCGUCACCCUCUCCAUCAGUCGUGCCCGACCAAACGUUCCCAGGCAAAUCAUGGGCCAGCAUCAUCGAAGGUGAGAGUGCUCCUCCAACAAUGACCAAAAAGGACCAUUUGAAAGCAUUCGGCUCUGAAGAUGAGAUGCAAAGCUGGGCACAUGGAGCUUUUCUCUCUACUUCAGUACAUGACUUGCACCUGAAAAUAUGGGACGAUCUUUCAGCACAGAUCCAGUUCUUUGUCAAGCUUGUCUUCCCGCCCAAAUGCAUUUGGAACCUUCUGGAUGAAAACAUCAAAGCUCAGCUGCUGGCCAUCUCGCCAAGGGCCGCAGAGUUUUGUGAGGACCCAGAAUACAGAGGCUGUUGGUUACUUUUCGGAGCCUGGAUCUGGCACAUACUCCAUGAGAAUCUGUUCUCUCUGGACUGCAGGGACAAAUGGUCUGGUGCGGAAUGGGCUGCUUUCGGGUGCCCUCGACAAUCUCUAGGCGGACACAUGGAAAACGAGAGCAACGCGAAGACACAUGCCUAUCACGCCGACCGACACAACCUGGCUCGUAAUAUAUACCUGCGCCAAGGCCCACACACAUGUCCCGAACGCCUGAAGAGAAUCAUCAUGUUGGCCAUCAAGCCUGUCGUGGUUUUUCGCUACCAUGAUGAGAAUUCUGUGUCAUCGUCAGAUCUCCUGUCAGAUCACGAGCCAGAGCCAAACACGAAGCCUUUUGAAAAUGCCCUCUCUGAGAUGGUCGAGCUUGCCAUCGAAGCCGACUUCAACAUUGUAGCCUCGCCGCACGAUACCCGGAUCGAGAUGCAUGAUCCAGAGACUGGAAAGAAUCAUGGGUUUGUCUUCAAACCCGGGCCAUCCAUGGAGGCCCACAUGCCUUCCCACAAUGAAUACAGUGGCAUGCCUGUUGAUUUCAUUGUUCGGCCGAUGCUGCGCACUUAUGGGCAGGUGAAGCAUGUACAUUUACCCUCACAGGGCGAUCCUAACUACCAACGCAACCAUGCCUAUGACUUCGGCCACUGUGAGCGAACAAAACCAAUGGAGGUGUUAGUCAACCAUUUUGUGUUUCAUGAGCAGGGCCAGUCUACCGAGGCGUCUGGGCCCGGCCAUGAACCUAGAAGUAUUGCGAUACGGGGGAAACGGCCACAUCUAGCCAACGACAAACUCGAUUAA